ACUCCAAACCAUUGACCCAGCCACAGAAACGAGCAUAAAUAAAGGCAACGCAGAAGAGUAGGGACGGGCAUAAGCGGCCACGUCAUCAACGGCUAAGAACAAUACACGUGUCGGCCACGCGAACCUUCGGCGGGCUCGACUCAGCUUUGGACCGCGGAGCGGAGCUGGUGCAACCCCUGGUUCGAGUCGUUUCACUUUCUCCAAACUCUUUGGGCAAAAAAUCUUUCCUCGUUAGGAAAAUCCUGACGGCCAGGGCAUAGGCCGCACGCUCCAUUUCUUCCUUCCCUGACCCUCUCAUUGGAAAAAGCAAAAUAAUAAUAAAAAAAACUGUUAGAUUUUCACACACUCUCUCUCUUUCUCUCAAAAUUAAAUCGAAUUUAAAUUUUUUUUUCUCUCUAAAUGGCAUGAAAACCCUAGCUUGACACCGCCGCCUUUGCAAUUUAUCGUAACAGCAGCGUAAACGUGCUUAUUUUCAGGGUGAAGAGGUGGGAAAUUUUUAUUAGCGCCAUGAAAUUUGUGUUAAAGGAAUAUAAUUGAAUAUAGACUGGACAAGGAUUUGGAUGUUGGGUUAAGUUUGGCUUAUAGAGGUUAUUGUUAUUAGGAAUGGCAGAAGAUAGCCCUCGGAUUGGCGGGCUUUCUUCUGGUUUGGCUGUGAUAUUGAAUAGUGAGGAUGGGAAGGAAAAUUUGUCCAAAUCCCGCCUUGUAUCAUAUUCUGACGAUUUUGGUGAGCAAUCUGUGGAGCGAGCUCUUGAAUAUGUAUUUGGUCUUCCCAAUAAAUCACUUGCUCCAUUGAAUGGUCCCAUUGACAGCAGUCUAGUUGGAUGUAUCAUAAAGAACCACUUAAACUCAAGUUCAGAUGCUUUGGUUAGUAACAGGGAUGGGGUUUGUAUUGUUGAUAAUGGCUCUGGACCUGAUGUCAUUGGUCUUGAAGAUAUCAAUAUUUGUGGUGAAAUUAGAAUCAUUAAGCCACCUUUACUUUUAGAGAGCAUAGCGGUGUUCAGUAGCGUCAGGGCUAAUGUCUGUGUUUGGAAAGGGAAAUGGAUGUAUGAAGUAAUUUUGGAGACUUCUGGUAUACAACAGCUUGGAUGGGCUACUAUUUCCUGUCCGUUCACUGACCAUAGGGGUGUAGGUGAUGCUGACGAUUCAUAUGCAUUUGAUGGCAGAAGAGUUAGGAAAUGGAACAAGGAAGCUGAGCCAUACGGGCAAUCAUGGGUGGUAGGUGAUGUCAUUGGAUGCUGUAUAGACUUGGAUCAUGAUGAGAUUUCAUUCUAUAGGAAUGGUGUUUCUCUUGGUCUUGCAUUUUCUGGCAUUCGGAAAAUGGGACCUGGAUUUGGAUAUUAUCCUGCAGUUUCCCUUUCUCAGGGUGAACGGUGUGAAUUGAAUUUUGGUACUCGCCCCUUUAAAUACCCAAUUGAUGGCUACCUUCCCCUUCAAGCACCUCCCUUCUUUAGCUCUUUUGCAAAAAAAUUGCUGGAUUGCCUAUCCAGGCUGUUGGAUACGCAAUCUGUGGAGCGAGCUGAGCAUUCUUCAGUUGAAAAAUUGAGGAGACUGAAGAGAUUUGUAUCACUUGAAGAACUAUUUUAUCCUGUUUCUCAUGGGAUAUGCAAAGAGUUCUUCUCUGCUGUUGAAGCAGAUUAUCGAAGUGCUGAGUAUAUUGGAUGGGGUCCUCUUCUGAUGUUCUUGAUGGGGAUAUUUGGAGUGCAGGCACCUCAUGAUUGGUUGAGUUUGGAUAGAGUACUUGAUGUCCUUCUAGAAUUCCAAGGAUCACAUGUUAUGUUUGAGCACAUCAUAAAUGCUCUUUCAUGUGGUUGCAAGACAGCACCAUUGGUUCUGACAGAAUGCCCAUAUUCAGGAUCAUAUUCUUAUCUUGCACUGGCAUGCCAUUUAUUAAGACGGGAACAAUUGAUGGUGUUGUGGUGGAAGUCAUCAGAUUUUGAGUUCUUAUUUGAAGGUUUUCUAUCAAAGAAGAGUCCAAACAGGCAGGACCUUCAGUGCAUGAUUCCUUCUGUAUGGUGGCCUGGUUCUUGUGAGGAUGCGUCUGCCGAAAGUAGCAUGUUGUUAACAACUACAGCUUUAUCUGAUGCAGUUAGUAAGAUUGAGGAAAAGCAUAGGGAUCUCUGUCUAUUAGUCAUACAGUUCAUACCUCCGAUAUCACCUCCCCAGUUUCCUGGUUCUGUGUUCAGGACUUUUGUACAGAACCUUUUAUUGAGGAAUCGAGGAGCUGUUCUUAAUAUGCCACCUCCUGGGAUUUCAAGCAAUUCUGUUCUUGUUUCUUUAUACUCUGUUAUUCUCCAUUUUCUAUCCGAAGGCUUUGGAAUGGGGAAUAUUUGUGGGUGGGUGAAGAGCUGUGAUUCCAGUGGUCAUGAUAUUGGUUUUCUUCAUAGGGGUGGCCAUCAAAGUUUCCCUAUAGGUUUGUUUGUCAAGAAUGAUCCACAUCGAGCUGACAUUUCUAGGAUUGGAGGAUCAUUCAGUCACCUAUCAAAAUCUCAUCCUUUGCAUGAUCAGGAAGUGGAAGUUAUUCGGUGGGAGGAAGGCUGUAUGGAUGAUGAAGAAACAAGGGUAACUCAUUUAACUAAACAGAAACCAUGUUGUUGCUCAUGCUACGAUUUGGAGUUCACAAAGUGCUCAAAAUAUCCAAUCAGAACUACAGCUAAAAGUUCCCGUCACCAUUGCAGCACUAUUCCCGAAAGAUCUGCUCAAGUUGCUGCAGAAUGUAGUACAGGAAGUUUGAAUGAUGAGAUAGCAGAUAAACCUAGUUCCAGUGAUCAUUCAGAAUCUGAGUUUGGUUAUCGCCCGGUCCAACAUAUGAGGACUGUACCUAGGGACAGUGAUGUGUCUUCAACCACUCUAAGAGAGGAAGAACUUCUGGAUAGUUUGCUACUAUUGUAUCACAUAGGUCUUGCACCAAACUUUAAGCAGGCAUCAUAUUACAUGUCUCAUCAAGCACAGUCAAUAUCCCUCCUGGAAGAAACUGAUAAACAAAUACGAGAACGAGCUUGCGGUGAGCAAUUAAAGCGUUUGAAGGAGACUCGUAAUAACUAUCGUGAAGAAGUUAUUGAUUCUGUCAGACAUUGCGCAUGGUAUCGUGUCUCUCUAUUUUCUCGAUGGAAGCAGAGAGGAAUGUAUGCCACAUGCAUGUGGAUUGUGCAAUUGCUACUGGUUCUUAGCAAAUUGGAUUCAGUGUUUAUUUACAUCCCUGAGUUUUACAUUGAAGCUCUGGUUGACUGUUUUCAUGUCUUGCGGAAAAGCGAUCCUCCAUUCGUCCCGCCUGCAAUAUUUAUCAAGCAAGGACUUACUUCGUUUGUGACAUUUGUGGUUACUCACUUCAACGAUCCAAGGAUAUCAAGUGCAGAUCUAAGAGAUCUUCUUCUCCAGUCAAUAUCAGUACUGGUGCAGUACAGGGAGUAUUUGGCAGCUUUUGAGAACAAUGAAGCGGCCAAACAGAGGAUGCCAAAGGCAUUAUUGUCAGCAUUUGAUAACCGGUCUUGGAUUCCUGUUACAAAUAUUCUUUUGCGUCUAUGCAAAGGUUCUGGAUUUGGUUCUUCAAAGAAUGGAGAAUCAUCAUCAUCCUCAGUUAUUUUCCAGAGACUUCUGCAUGAAGCUUGCAUCAAUGAUGAAGAGUUGUUCUCAGCUUUUCUCAAUCGACUAUUUAACACUCUCAGCUGGACAAUGACUGAAUUCUCAGUUUCCAUUCGAGAAAUGCAAGAAAAAUACCAGGUAAUGGAGUUUCAGCAGAGGAAAUGCUGUGUCAUAUUUGAUCUGUCGUGUAAUCUUGCAAGGGUUUUGGAGUUCUGUACCCAUGAAAUCCCUCAAGCAUUCCUCUUAGGGCCUGAUACAAACCUUCGAAGACUGACUGAGUUGAUUGUCUUUAUUCUGAACCAUAUAACUUCAGCAGCAGAUGCUGAGUUUUUUGACUUGUCACUUAGACGACAUGGUCUAUCCUUGGAGAAAGUAAACAGAGGCAUGAUAUUAGCCCCUCUAGUAGGGAUCAUUGUGAAUUUGUUGGAUGCUAGUGUGGAGUCAGAACUCAAGGAACAGAAUGAUGUUGUGGGUGUAUUUGCAAGCAUGGAUUGCCCUCAAACCAUGUAUUAUGGUUUCCGAUACCUGUUAGAGUAUAAUUGGGCCACAACUGUUAGAGGAGAAGCAUAUGUUCCUAAACUUUGUCAGCUGGAGAAUUUCUUGAGCCUCCUCAUCAGCCAUACUGAGACACGCAAGAUUGAGGGGCUUCAAUGUGGAGAAAGUGAUGCCGAUGAUGGCAUGUGCUGCAUCUGUUAUGCUUGUGAAGCUGAUGCACAGUUUGCACCAUGUUCCCAUACCUCUUGCUAUGGCUGCAUAACCAGACAUCUUUUAAACUGUCAAAGAUGUUUCUUUUGCAAUGCCACUGUCUUGGAAGUUGUCAGAACGAUAGAUAACACAGUUCAAAGAUAAUUAAAGAAUAUUUUAUUCUUCUGGGCUUUUCAAAUGAUGUGGCAGAUUAGUGGAAAAGGAAGAAAGAGAAGGGGAAAAUUAAGGUUUUUUUUUUUCUUUUUUUGUAUUUUAUGUUUUGCUAUUAAGAAAGAAAACUAAUUAUAUUAUUGUGUAUAUAAGCGUUUGCAAAGGUUAAAGGUAAAGGGAUUGGGAAAACA